AUGAGCCAGGUGACGGAUAGGCCCGCUCGCCACGGCCUAGGGAACUUGGUAGAUGGCUAUGUGAGACGAAAGCUACGCCGCGACAUCCAUCCCGCUCUUGACGCUCUCAGAGAUCACGGCAACGCGCCUGCGGGAAAUUCUCAAGUGAUCGCAUCGCGGAGCUCGGUUCGCGGGGAGGACAAAGAAUCCAUGGAAAUAUCUCAGAGCACGCCGAGUCCUGAUAACAAGGACGAUUAUGACUUAGAUGAACUGUACCGCGAUGCUAUGCUUGAGAAAGACCGGUUCCAAGAGGCAUUGGAGGCCUACGAGCAGACUACAGCCGGGUCUAACUUCAAGACUUGCGUUACAAGCACAUCACUGCACACCUGGGAGGAGGUGCUUGACGAGGUGAACAGGGCAGCAGAGACGUACCAUUCGCGCGCGGCGGUCUGGGGGAAGAUCAGAGCUGGUCUGCGCCGGCUGGGAGAUAACAGCAAGGUCUUUGAGGCAUGGGCCGCCCUUUUACCGUCCGGGUCGGACUGUGCCACGGUGAUCAGUGGUGGACUGAAACUGAUCUUGACAGUAUGCGGGUCCCAUGAGGCUGCAGCACGCUUGUCCGAUUUACGCAAGGAAAUAUCGGAUGUGCUGGUUGAGAUUCCCUCGCGGCUUACGUGCAUUCAUCAAGCCCUGAACAUUUUCAAGGGGUCGAAGGACUUGCAUAGUAUGUCGAACUCUCAGCCCAACAGGAUGGUCAAGCAGCUGACAGCUGACCUUGGAGAAAAACUUGGCCUCAGUCUCCUCUUACAGGGCUCGUAUGAGCAAAACAUGGAUUCACUCCUUCAGAAUCUACGCGCAGAGUCGGAGCGGUUUGACAAAGCAGCCCGACUCUGCUCCUAUGGGGCAAUUGAGGAGACGAGACUGAUCUCUAUCAAGAACGAGCAAAUUCUCAGCGGUUACGUGGAUCAGUCAAUGACUCGCUGGGACAACUUCGAGACUGAGCUUCGAUCCAAUCAAGCAAGCACUCUGGAUGGAUAUCACACGCUCCAACACCAAGUGUCGGAUUUGCAUGCGAUUAUGGAGCGGUUUCUAGGCAGCCAUGACGCUGUGGACCCAGGGACGCUGAAUGUGAGAGGACCAAUGCUUCCCUCAGACAAAGCCGCCAUCAAUCGAAGGUCCCAGCAGAUGUAUCUCCGCUCCCGCGACUACGCCUUCUCAGCUCUCAACUACGACCCCUCAGUCCUCGAAAAAGACCUAGCAGCUAACCUGCACAACGUCUGGCACCUCCCCCUGCCAUACCAGAACCGCCUUCUUGCAACAAUGCAGACACCGAAACUGCACUCCUGGAUUACGACUCGAUGCUCUUCCGCCCUUUUCUUGAACCUCAAUACACCCGCUGUAUCCCCUCUCCAUGCAUCAUCCUCGUUCCUCCCUGCAAAGCUUGUCCAAUCAAUCAAUGAACAACCAUCUGAAAAUAUCAUCACGCUCGCAUUUUUCUGCGGCGCGCAUACCCGCCGAAAUGACCCCCAUUCCGGUCCACACGGAACAAUGCGGAGCCUCGUGGCCCAACUCCUCGAGUCACAUCCUGGGUUCGACCUCCAGACAGUGCGGAGGAUAGCGCAGCUCCGUGGAGGCGAUGUCCAUGGUCUAUGCGAGAUCUUCCAUGAGCUCGUCGCUCAACUUCCGGCCGAUGUUGUGGUAUUCUGUGUCGUGGACGGGGUGACCGUGUUCGAAGAGCGGAUGGGGCUAAGAGAAAGUGGGGAGGAAGUAGUCAAGGCGCUGGUGCGGACUGUUCAAGAAUGCACCCAGAAGAAGCCCGUUGGGGAAAAGAGUGUGUUCAAGCUAUUAUUGACUAGUUCCAGGAAUAGUCGGCGGCUGUGGAGGUUGAUUCCAGGUGAAGUGGGAGAUGUAGUUUGGAUGCCGGAUGCCGUGCCCUCGUUGGGCGGCUUUACGGUACGGCAGACUAUUCAGAGGCACAAUCGUGCAAUCUGCGUAUACUAA